CUGACAAAAGGCAUUAUAUUCGCGUCAACCGCAUUACUAGGUAUUGCUAUCUAUUCUUCCAGGUAUCUUCUCCUCACAUUUGUGCUCAACGUUAUCACUAUACUGGUCACCGUAAUUAUCAUCAAUGUCUAUUUCCGUGGACCUACCACCCAUCGCAUGCCAGCGUGGGUUAGAAAGUUAUUUCUGGAGUGGAUGCCUUGGGUAAUGUGUAUGCAGCGUCCGAAGUCUGCUUCACGAAAGUUAUUAGCAAGUCAGAAACGAGGGGUGGCACAACUGCCAGGCUUAGGGCAGUUCACUUUAAACCCAGCAACUCAUCAUCCAUUCUGUCCUAGCGCCGAUGACAGGACGGCGUCCGUGAAAGUUCUGAGCAGCUCACCAGAAAUUGUCAGAGAUCCUUUGACUGCUGCUUUUUAUCCACUUUCUCCGGAUGCAUUGAAGGCUAUCGAUGCAAUUGAGUACAUAACGGACCAUCUAAAACAAGACGAAGAAUUCAAAAUGUUCCGUGAUGACUGGAAAUACGUAGCGAUGAUUAUCGAUCGAUUAUUACUCUACGUCUUUUUUGGUAUCACCGUUGGCGGUACAUGCGGUAUACUUUUUAGUGCACCACAUAUAUUUCAAGGUAGGAAAUAUAGGAAAAAUACAGCAUACGUGUUGUUCAACUGUAUGCGUGUUCUUUACUACUUACUACUUCUACUUUAG